AUGCAGAAGUUCAAGGCAAUGAUGGUGGCUCACGCCCAUGCGGAAGCCGAUGUUGUGGAGGAGUCGGACAUCUCAGGCUUGCGAGAGCAAAUUCUCGGUAGGCGAUACUCCUACUGGAGCUAAUCGCUAAGACUGACAUGCUAUAGCCAAUGUGGAAGUGCUUUACCCCAUCAUGUACACAGCACAGUCUGAAGUCGUCCGAGGAGUCGUCCUGCCCAAGUUCCACCUCAUUACCAUCCGCAAAGACUUUGAGACAUCGGCUUUGGUCCUUAUCGAGAAAGAAGCAACUGAGAAAGGGCGCUCUGGCCCAGAGAAGGACUUGCUUGUCCAAGGCCCUGCCGCAGAUUCCGUCAAGUCGGCGCUCGAGGGCUUGCUGAACGGUCUUAGCGUAGUGCUGCAGAAGAAAGGCAUGGUGCGAGCGGCCUUCACGCCUCCGUUAGGGUGGUUCCCCUGCAAAGUUGAAGAAUCAGGUAUGAUGUUCUACACGAGAAGACAGUGGUAG